GCGCAGCGGCGCCGGCUCCGGGAGCCCAGCGGAGCCAGCCGGGCGCCCAGCGGCGCGCACAGCCUGCGGCCGCGCCGGCGAUGCGGGGCCGCCCCGCGCCCGCCCCAGUCCCGGCCCCGGCCCCCGCGGGAAGGGGCUGAGCCGCCCGCCGCCGCCCGGAUGGCGAGCCUCGCCGCGCUCGCCCUCAGCCUGCUCCUCCGGCUGCAGCUGCCGCCGCUGCCCGGCGCCGGGGCACAGAGCGCCGCAGGCGGCUGUUCCUUUGAUGAACACUACAGCAACUGUGGUUAUAGCGUGGCCCUGGGGACCAAUGGGUUUACCUGGGAACAGAUUAACACGUGGGAGAAACCAAUGCUGGACCCAGCGGUGCCUACAGGAUCCUUCAUGAUGGUGAACAGCUCAGGGAGGGCCUCUGGCCAGAAGGCCCACCUUCUCCUGCCGACCCUGAAGGAGAAUGACACCCACUGCAUCGAUUUCCAUUACUACUUCUCCAGCCGCGACAGGUCCAGCCCGGGGGCCUUGAAUGUGUAUGUGAAGGUGAACGGCGGGCCCCAGGGGAACCCUGUCUGGAAUGUGUCCGGGGUCGUCACCGAGGGCUGGGUGAAGGCAGAGCUUGCCAUCAGCACCUUCUGGCCACAUUUCUACCAGGUGAUAUUUGAAUCCGUCUCUUUGAAGGGUCAUCCUGGCUACAUCGCUGUGGACGAGGUCCGGGUCCUCGCUCAUCCAUGCAGAAAAGCACCUCACUUUCUGCGGCUCCAAAAUGUUGAGGUGAAUGUGGGGCAGAAUGCCACGUUUCAGUGCAUUGCUGGCGGGAAGUGGUCUCAGCAUGACAAACUUUGGCUCCAGCAAUGGAAUGGCAGGGAUACGGCCCUCAUGGUCACCCGCGUGGUCAACCACAGGCGCUUCUCGGCCACCGUCAGCGUGGCAGACACUGCCCAGCGAAGCGUGAGCAAGUACCGCUGUGUGAUCCGCUCCGAUGGUGGCUCCGGUGUGUCCAACUACGCCGAGCUGAUUGUGAAAGAGCCUCCGACACCAAUUGCCCCCCCAGAGCUGCUGGCUGUGGGGGCCACAUACCUGUGGAUCAAGCCAAAUGCCAACUCCAUCAUUGGGGACGGCCCCAUCAUCCUGAAGGAGGUGGAAUAUCGCACCACCACGGGCACCUGGGCCGAGACCCACAUAGUUGACUCUCCCAACUAUAAGCUGUGGCAUCUGGACCCUGAUGUGGAGUAUGAGAUCCGGGUGCUACUCACACGACCAGGGGAGGGAGGCACGGGACCGCCAGGGCCUCCGCUCACCACCAGGACCAAGUGUGCAGAUCCAGUGCACGGUCCGCAGAAUGUGGAGAUUGUGGACAUCCGAGCCCGGCAGCUGACCCUGCAGUGGGAGCCCUUUGGCUAUGCGGUGACCCGCUGCCACAGCUACAACCUCACGGUGCAGUACCAGUACGUGUUCAACCAGCAGCAGUAUGAGGCUGAGGAGGUCAUCCAGACAUCUUCCCACUAUACCCUGCGUGGCCUGCGCCCAUUCAUGACCAUCCGGCUGAGGCUGCUGCUGUCCAACCCGGAGGGCCGGAUGGAGAGUGAGGAGCUGGUGGUGCAGACGGAGGAGGACGUUCCAGGAGCUGUUCCUCUAGAAUCCAUCCAAGGGGGGCCCUUUGAGGAGAAGAUCUACAUCCAGUGGAAACCUCCCAAUGAGACCAAUGGGGUCAUCACACUCUAUGAGAUCAACUACAAGGCUGUUGGCUCCCUGGACCCGAGUGCCGACCUCUCCAGCCAGAGGGGGAAGGUGUUCAAACUCCGGAAUGAAACACACCACCUCUUUGUGGGUCUGUACCCAGGGACCACCUACUCCUUCACCAUCAAGGCCAGCACAGCAAAGGGCUUUGGGCCCCCCGUCACCACUAGGAUCGCCACCAAAAUCUCAGCUCCGUCGAUGCCUGAAUAUGACACAGACACCCCACUGAAUGAAACGGACACGACCAUCACGGUGAUGCUGAAGCCGGCUCAGUCACGGGGAGCCCCUGUCAGUGUUUAUCAGCUGGUUGUCAAGGAGGAGAGACUUCAGAAGUCACGGAGGGCAGCUGACAUCAUUGAGUGCUUUUCAGUGCCUGUAAGCUAUAGGAACGCCUCCAGCCUCGAUUCUUUACACUACUUUGCUGCUGAACUGAAGCCCGCCAACCUGCCUGUCACCCAGCCAUUUACAGUGGGUGACAACAAGACAUACAAUGGCUACUGGAACCCUCCUCUUUCCCCUCUGAAAAGCUACAGCAUCUACUUCCAGGCACUCAGCAAAGCAAAUGGAGAGACCAAAAUCAACUGUGUUCGUCUGGCUACGAAAGCACCAAUGGGCAGCGCCCAGGUGACCCCGGGGACUCCACUCUGCCUCCUCACCACAGGUGCCUCCACCCAGAAUUCUAACACCGUGGAGCCAGAGAAGCAGGUAGACAACACUGUGAAGAUGGCCGGCGUGAUCGCUGGUCUCCUCAUGUUCAUCAUCAUUCUCCUGGGCGUGAUGCUCACCAUCAAAAGGAGAAGAAAUGCUUAUUCCUACUCCUAUUACUUGAAGCUGGCCAAGAAGCAGAAGGAGACACAGAGUGGAGCCCAGAGGGAGAUGGGGCCUGUGGCCUCUGCCGACAAACCUACCACCAAGCUCAAUGCCAGCCGCAACGAUGAAGGCUUCUCUAGCUCUCAGGACGUUAACGGAUUCACAGAUGGCAGCCGCGGGGAGCUGUCCCAGCCCACCCUCACAAUCCAGACUCACCCCUACCGGGCCUGCGACCCUGUGGAGAUGAGCUAUCCUCGGGACCAGUUCCAGCCCGCCAUCCGGGUGGCUGAUCUGCUGCAGCACAUUACCCAGAUGAAGAGAGGCCAGGGCUACGGGUUCAAGGAGGAAUAUGAGGCCUUACCGGAGGGGCAGACAGCUUCGUGGGACACAGCCAAAGAGGAUGAAAACCGCAAUAAGAAUCGAUACGGGAACAUAAUAUCCUAUGACCAUUCCCGAGUGAGGUUGCUGGUGUUGGAUGGAGACCCACACUCUGACUACAUCAACGCCAACUACAUUGAUGGGUACCAUAGACCUCGGCACUACAUUGCAACUCAAGGUCCAAUGCAGGAGACUGUAAAGGACUUUUGGAGAAUGAUCUGGCAGGAGAACUCGGCCAGCAUCGUCAUGGUCACAAACCUCGUGGAAGUGGGCAGGCACCCAGCGGAACACACUGUGGGAAAUGCCACUCUGGGCCGCGCGGCGUCCCCCGGAAUGGUGAAGUGUGUGCGCUACUGGCCAGAUGACACAGAGGUCUACGGAGACAUUAAAGUCACCCUGAUCGAAACAGAUCCCCUGGCAGAAUAUGUCAUACGUACCUUCACAGUCCAGAAGAAAGGCUACCACGAGAUCCGGGAGCUCCGUCUCUUCCACUUCACCAGCUGGCCUGACCACGGCGUCCCCUGCUAUGCCACCGGCCUCCUGGGCUUCGUCCGCCAGGUCAAGUUCCUCAACCCCCCCGAAGCUGGGCCCAUAGUGGUCCACUGCAGUGCUGGAGCUGGGAGGACUGGUUGCUUCAUUGCCAUUGACACCAUGCUUGACAUGGCCGAGAAUGAAGGGGUGGUGGACAUCUUCAACUGUGUGCGUGAGCUCCGGGCCCAGAGAGUCAACCUGGUGCAGACGGAGGAACAAUACGUGUUUGUGCAUGACGCCAUCCUGGAAGCGUGCCUCUGUGGCAACACCGCCAUCCCGGUGUGCGAGUUCCGCUCUCUCUACUACAAUAUCAGCAGGCUGGACCCCCAGACCAACUCCAGCCAAAUCAAAGACGAAUUUCAGACCCUCAACAUCGUGACUCCCCGCGUCCGGCCUGAGGACUGCAGCAUUGGGCUCCUGCCCCGGAACCAUGAUAAGAAUCGGAGCAUGGAUGUCCUGCCUCUGGACCGCUGCCUGCCCUUCCUCAUCUCGGUGGAUGGAGAAUCCAGCAACUACAUCAAUGCAGCACUGAUGGAUAGCCACAAGCAGCCCGCCGCCUUCGUGGUCACCCAACACCCUCUACCCAACACCGUGGCAGACUUCUGGAGGCUGGUGUUCGAUUAUAACUGCUCCUCCGUGGUGAUGCUGAAUGAGAUGGACACUGCCCAGCUCUGUAUGCAGUACUGGCCUGAGAAGACCUCCGGAUGCUACGGGCCCAUCCAGGUGGAGUUCGUCUCCGCAGACAUCGACGAGGACAUCAUCCACAGAAUAUUCCGCAUCUGUAACAUGGCUCGGCCACAGGAUGGGUAUCGUAUAGUCCAGCACCUCCAGUACAUUGGCUGGCCCGCCUACCGGGACACACCCCCCUCCAAGCGCUCUCUGCUCAAAGUGGUCCGACGGUUGGAGAAGUGGCAGGAGCAGUAUGACGGGAGGGAGGGACGCACUGUGGUCCACUGCCUAAAUGGGGGAGGCCGCAGUGGGACCUUCUGUGCCAUCUGCAGCGUGUGCGAGAUGAUCCAGCAGCAGAACAUCAUUGACGUGUUCCACAUCGUGAAAACAUUGCGCAACAACAAGUCCAACAUGGUGGAGACCCUGGAACAGUAUAAAUUUGUAUACGAGGUGGCACUGGAAUAUUUAAGCUCCUUUUAGCCUGAUGGGAUGGGGAACCUGCCGGAGUCCAGAACCUGCUGCAGCCAAGCCCCCUUUUCUGUGAGCGGCAGUGACUGGGCCCAGGGACUGAGAGGCGACACCCUGCCCAACUCCAAGGAGAAGACUUGUGGUCCCGUGUUCUGUGGUGGGCUCUGCACCUUCUGGGGGAGGGUCUCCUGUAGCUGUGGGAGAUGCUGUUCUGAAAGGCCAAGGUUUCGCUUCCACACCCAGCCAGCCACAGCCACGGUCCAUGCAGAAGUGCACCCACAGCAAGGCCCCAGAUUUUUCGGUUCCUAGACCUCUUGCUUUUGCUCUUUUCAAGUGUGUGAAUUUCAUGGCAGGCCGACUGCGUGGUGCUGGGGAGUGGCAGGCUCGGCAGCACCUCCCUGUCCUGCUUGUCCUUGAGAGUGGAGGGGAUGUGGGUUCUCUCCCACGCUGCUAUGGAAAUGGUUGAGUUCUUGAGGUCCCUGCUCUGCUGCCCCCUGCAAUCUCCUUCAGGGGCCUCUGGCACUGGACACCUGCCAGUCUGGAUCAGUGUGACCUCAGGAUGCUCCCAAGACCACAGCAGAGGUCCCCGUCCUCACACCUAACCUGCAUGGGGCUUGGCCCACUACCAUUCUCUACCCCUCCCCCAGCCUGGGUCUUGACCUGCUGUCAUUCACUGGCCAGCCCGCUGUGUCCACAGCACCCUUCAAUAAAGGUUUUCUUUGCUUUUCUGUGGUCAGUGGGAGGGGGUGGCACUGCAGGGAACUUUCCUGCUCCUCCUUGUCUUUGUGAAAAGGGACCACCUCCCUGGGGCAGGGCUCUGGCUGACCCUGUGUCUCUUCGGUGGUGGCUCCUUUUGGAGGGAUGAACAACAUAAGAGUUGAUUAUUUUCCAAAGUGUAUGUGAGAAGAAACUUUCUUUGGGGGAGUGUAAAAUCUUAGUCUCUUAUGUAAAAAAACAAAAAAGGUGGGGAGAGAAUUCAGAUGUGUAGCUGUAAAACAAAUCUCUUUCCUGACAAUGUCCUUAAAAGGUCCCACCUUGGGAGAGCACAGCCAUUGAGCAAGGGAGAGAUGGCCUAGUCUGAAGAUGGUCCCUUUGGUUUCUAGAGCAGAUAGAGUACCAGCUUUGUGCAUAAUCUUGGAUCCGCAAAUUCCAAUUCCUUCCUGGAGAUCCCAGCUGCCAUCUUGAAAAAGGUCAUUGUGGACCCAGUUAUGCUUUGGUUUAAAACAGGCCAAAGGGAUCAGAAGAUCUAGGGUCUUGCCCAUAAUGUAGGUGAGUAAAUGAAAGGGAACCAACAUUUGCUAAGCAUCUACUGUAUGCCAAGCUUGGCACAUUCCAUAUGACAUCUCAUGCAACCUUAGAAUCCCCAUGAGCCAGCUAUUAACCUGUUAUCUCCACUUUACAAACUGAGGCAUUCUCCUCAGUGAUGAAAUUCUGGGUUCCAAAAAGACAGAUAAUGAUGUUGAGACUUAUUUGUACUGUUUUCUUCAUCCUUCCUCAGCCAAGCAAUUAUUUUAUGGAGAGAAAAUAAGGCCAGAAACUUCUGAGCAGAGAACUCCAUAAUGGAAAUUUAAUUCUUUGUUUCUGAUGCCAGUUCUUCUGGGAAGCCCAGAAUUUCAGAUAUGUUUUAGUAACUCAUUCUCAGCUCCCCAGGAAAGCUAGUCUCAUUUAAUAUCUGAGCCAGUGGAAACAAUUCCCUGUUCCCUCAGGCUAUGAGUUCUGCCAACCAGGGACACUCUCUCUACCUUGGUCUCUAGCUGGCUCUUAGGUACAAUAUCUGGCAGCCUGGGGUGGCCUGGGAUGGAGCAAUCUCCAUCUUGGAGGCUCAUCUAGCUCCAGACAGGUCAUGGGGAGCACAGAAUUUAAUAAGGCACAAUUUUUGCCCUCAAGAGCUCACUGUAUACUGGGUAACUUGAACCACGGUGCAACGUGCAAGUGUUAUAGAGUCGAGGAACAUGACAGAUUCUUGCCCAGGGCUUUCUAGAGAAGGUGACAUCCAUUCCAGCUGGGUCUCAACAGGUAGAAAAAGGAAGACAAGGAAAUUCAGGCCAAGGAAUCAGUAUGUACAAUGGCAAAAAGGUGUGAGAAAUCACUGGAUGGGUGGGUUAUAUGGUGGGAGGUCAGCUCAGGUGGAGCACAGCAGACAGGAGGCGUGGCAGGAGAUGAGCAGGGUCAGGGAGAUGAACGCUCCACUGAGAGUGCAGACUUUGCCCCUGUGGGCAACAAGGAGCCAGCAGAGCCUUUGAGUGAUGGGCUCAGCCAAGUGUCAGAGAAGGCUCCCUCUGGGGGAGUGGGGCUGCCUCUUUUCCUUUCAUCAGACACUGUGAAAACACAUUCCCUUAAGUGUUUACUUUUUAAUAUCUCAUCUAUUUGUCUGUCUGCUCAUUAUUUUGUUGCUGGAACAAAAUGCAGUGGAUCAUGAGAUGCAGCUUCUAUGAGGAACUUUGGGUCUCUGCUCUACCACAGAGCAGGGUGACCAACCCAGGCCUCCAGGCCCAUGAGGACAGGACUUGAAAGGGACCCGCAGAAGCUGCUCCCAUUGGCUCAGGCUCUGGAGCUAUCUGGAAGUCUAGGGACACAGACUUGAUCAAGGAAGGGCUGUCACUUUGGAGGUUCAAAAGGAGGCAUCUCAAAGCGAAGGAAGGCAAAGGAGCCCCACGAUGAACUUGAUCUUCUCCUUUCAUGGGCCCCUUCCCAGGUAUGCUUGAGCAGGUCCCCAGGCCCCAGCCCCCAGUGGUCCUGCUGGCUUCUCCUGGCUCCAGCCCACUGUUCCAGCCAGCCUUCCCCCAGCCUUUAAGGAGCCUGUAGCAAAGCAAAUCAGCCUGUUACAUGCUCUUCCCUCAAAUCUUGGCUCAUCCUUACAGAAUGGUAGUAGGGAGGCACUCUCUAACACAAAUCCUGGGCUUUUUUCUGUUCAGGAAAGGGUGAAAUAGCUGGCAGAUAAAAAUGACAGUGUCUUCUAUCAUUUCAAAUGGUAAGAAUUUAAAAUGUGACUUCAGGGAGAAGGAACAUUGUGAAAACUCAGGCCACGGUGGGGUAACCCAACAAGGGCCAGUGAUGGUUCCCCCAGCUCAUCCCCUCAUUCCUCACAACCCAGCCACCCUCCAAAGAAGGUAGGGCAGUGAACGAGUCUUGGGCCAGUGUACACAGGAGGAAACUGAGGCUUGUGGAUGGGGAUGCCUUCCCCAGGAUCCUGCAUGGCAAGUGUGAGACAGAGCUUAGAGGAGAUAGGGCACUGGUGCCCAGGAAUUUGGACUUAAUCUCUUCCCCAAAAAACCUUCUGAGCAAACACCACCUCCCCCAAGGUAUCUUCCCACCCCUCCCCACUUAUAGGGUGAGCUGACCUUUCACAUGCAGAGGAAAAUAGUAUUAAUGCUCUCUGAGUCUCCACAGCAAGGGCUAGCCUCUUGUCUCUUGGGUACCAAAGACGGUACCCUUACUUAGUACAGAACUUCGUGAUUCUCACCUCUUAGGUGUGGACUCUGUUUGGAGAAAAUGCAAGGAAUUAAUGAGAAGCCAGGAGCUGUCCCCACCUGCAUGUGUUUAUGGCCUAGAUAGCUUCAGGAUAUAUCUUCACUGUGUCCCAACAUUGUGUCCUCUCACUCUUUCUGGUGUGAAGAUCCUGGGUCAGCCAGGGGCCUCCGAGCCUCUAGAUGGCCACAGUAUACCUUUCUUUGUGGGAACAGAAGGGGCCAGGUUGCUUUUGGUGCUGGCCUUCUCUUUAGGUAUGGCCUGAGCAAUGGCCUGCCAGAUGUCAGCCCUCACAUGGAACCAGCAGACCCUGUGCUGGGGACUCCAAAGUCUGAGCUCACUGAAUUCUUCCAAAAUUCAUCAAAAGUGUUUGUGAUUGUUACCAUUUUACAGAUGAGAAAACUGAGGUUCAGAGGGAAGAAUCAUUUGCCCACAGUUCCACAGCUAGUGAGUGAGGGAGCCAGGAUUUAAAUGGGUCUUUUUUACUUCAAAGACAAUAUUUUUCUACCAUUGUGUCUCAGAUUUCCCCAUGGGCUACCCAUAAUAGCAAAGACUAGAGUGAAACAGAUAACCCAAUGGGUCUUGUAAAGCCCAAAACAGACACUGGGAAGCUUACAAUUCUUUCAUGGUUCCAUGUUUUACUUUAACAAUUCAUGUGAUAUUUGCAUUCCACUCUAAUUUUGCCUGAUUUCUUUUAAUAUGACAGUAUAAAUAUUUUUUAAACCACAUGGGCCCUGUCCCUCAUGGGAUUUUGAUCCCCUCAACUCACUACGAUGGACCCUAGGGAACUGUAUCCCAGUCUGAGAGGCACAGUGCCUGGCCAUGCUGCUUCUUCCUGAGGCCAAUUCAAGACUCAAGUUCAAGUCCAGCUCACCUUACCCUAGGCAGAUCCUUUGGUGUGGGGGUCUAUCCUGACCUCACUGUUCAUGGGUUGAUCUCAACUCAAGUCUUCAGGUGGAUGCUGGAAGGAACCCAUUGACAUAUACUAGAAUGAUGAGGAUGUUCCCAUCUGGCGUGGUGAAGGCUGAGCCCAUAAAACCCUAAAGGUAAAGGAGAAGGCGGACACAGCCUUACUCAGUGGAUUCCUGAAUGCUGGGUCUUCUAGAAGGUGGUGCCCUUUGUCCAGGCAGAGUCAUGUGGUUGCUAAUAUGGACAAAUCUGAGGACACACUUUACAGGAGGGGCUGGGGUCUGGAAGGCUUCUCACUUUACUUCAACUACACAUACUUACUGGUUUCUUACAACAUGCAGGGCCCUUGAGGGGGUGCUACCAGGAAGCACAGGUUACUAUGGCACAGUUCAUCCCUUGGUGAGGCAUGGGGUUGUUGUGGAAAGAGCUCAGUCUUCAGUUCUGAUGCAAGCCCAGCCAUUUCUUGGCUAUAGAAUGCUGGGCCAAUCAAUUAAUGGAAAAAGAUGUGAAGAGAGGAGGCUUGGCCAGGUAGGGGUAGAUUUGGAGAGCUUUGGGCAGGAAAAUAGGAAGGCAAACCAAGAAGUUGAGACCCAACUGGAAUACUCAGAACCAAUACUGCAUAUGGACUACUAGGCAAAGUGGUCACUUCUAUGACAUAACAGGACAGGGGAUGAGGAAGGACUGGCCAGAACCACUUGUUGCUUUAAUACAAGUCUCAGUGUCUUGGAGAAAAGAUGAUAAUUUUCCCUCUGACCACUCGUGUUUAUUCAUCAUCCAUUCCCCAUUGCUAAGCUAGCUCCUGCUGUGCAUCAUCACCAGGAACCACAUUUCCUAAGCUGUGGUAUGAAUCUCUGUAGUGUGCACAGAGGUGUCAGUCUAGCAAGGCUGCUGCAUACAGCAGAAGUGAGGCCCAGGGAGGAGCAGCCAGGUACUUAUCAUGUCAUUUCUGCAGGAGUGACUGCCCAACCCAGAUCCAGAGACACUGAAGGGAAUUAUAAUUCUCCUGCAUCUUACAGCCUUAGAACAGAGUGAAGAAAGCUAUCCUCUCUUAACCUGGACAAUGGCCACUCCUGGGCGGGACAGACAGGCCAUUAGCACCAAGCUGAGUCAGGAGGAAUGCCAUGGAAAAUAUGGGUGAGCCCAAGGAUAAGAUGAGCAGGAUGCUAAUCCUAAAUCAUAAGGCCAAUAGCCUGUGCUAGGCCAAGAUCCCUGGGGAUAAAUGUUCAACCCAAGCUGAAGGGUGGGUCAAAAGAUGAGUGACAUGGAUGGCCAUUUCAUCUGAAGGCCUGAGUUGCUUUCUCCAUCAUCAGACUAGUCUGAACUCCUUCUCAGCCAAUGACGCCAGCUCCAAAUCACAGCCAGGGAAAUAGGUAAAGUGAAUCCAACUAAAGGAGACCAGCUGAGAUUCAGCCUUGUUCUUAUAUUCCCAUGCAGGGGCUCCAUGGCUCCAUGUUGGAGGUUUUCCAUGUAUACAUAUCUAGAAAUGAUAAAAUGUAGGCUUUGGCUUCACCUAGCAGGCAUCUGCCUUUGAGGUCAUGUACUAUUUGAACAGCAUGGAGAGAAGUCAGUGGCAGAGAGUAGAGGGGGCUGUUCUAGCUCCGGUUUCCUCUGACACAUAUUUCAGGGUCAUAGAUAUGACCCUCAGAAGCAAAGCAGAGGUGUCUAAGCCAUAGUUGUGCACAUAGCAGACUCUCUUCCGGUUUACUGGUGACCAGAGAUAGACUUUUGCAUGGCACUAACUGACUGUACCACUGUCUUGUAGAGUCCAAGACCAUCUCUUUCAUCCCUCUCACCUACCUCCAGAAAAAGUGGGAAAAGGUCAUCAAAGGGGCCACAUUCACCCCCUGAAAUUCACCCAUGAAUGUUAGGUUCACUAAGAGGAGGAGUCAGAACCCGCAAUGGGAGACCCCAGGCCUGGCAUCCUAGUUAUCUAAGAGAUUGGGAGUAGUCCACUGGGGCUGAUACAAGGGAUGUGGGAAGACUUAGGAUGGAAGAGCGUUCAAAGGGAGGAGCUGUUGGGGCUGAAUCACGAUGGAGCUUCCUUCUGGAUCUGAGAGCUGCCCUGGGUCAUGGAAUUUGGACCCUGAUCCUUGGUUGGAAUGUUCAAAGAAUGAGAGUCCGGGGGCCUUAGAGUGUUGUACAAGAAAGUAUUGGUAUGAAAACCUGGAACUCAAGGUAAUUAGUGUAACUCAUGGUUCCUUGGUGGGUGGGACUUUUAGGUUUGGGGAAGGAAGGAGAAUGUGAAGUAACUUACCAAAAUUGAGUCCCUGUACAUGUAUUUCAGCGCCUUUGGGCUUGUGAAUACAUAUCAGUGGGGCUCCUAGGUGAUGGUCCAGCAAACUCUCAGUGCCCGCCAUGCCCCUCUCUCUGCCAUGGAAGAUUAAUGAUGUAGGGCGUUCCUUGGGCCAAAGCCCCCAGGGCAAUCUGGAGGCUCAGAGGGCAAAGUGGUAUCAUCAGACUUCCAAAGGGUCAGGCAGAAUACUAGUGCCUAUGUCCUCCAUAGGUCUGCAGAAUGUUAGACAAAUUCAAGCACAGUUUCCUAGUCCCAGGUCACUCCCAUGAGUGGAACUAGGUCCAAGAGGUGAAACGUACUAGAUGUAAGGAAGAACUUGCUAUCUGCCAGAGAGGAUGAGCUGCCCAUCUCAGCAGUGGUCCAGCAGAAGCCAGACAUCUCUUUAAGGGAAAAAGAAGCAUUGCUGAGGUGGCUUUUAAGUUGCUUCCACCCUAGAUGGCUGAGAUCUUAUGGAGCUAGGACCGUGUUUGAACUCCUUCAUUCCCUCAGAGCACAAAGCCAAACAGGUUGUACUUGGUUUGUGGAGGUUGAAGCCCCCUGCUCUCCUACCCAAGUCUUCCCACCACACAGGCCAAUAUGCUGUUCUGGCCGCACAUCUAAGGCUCAUCCAGGCCAGUUAUCAUCAAAGAGCCUGGAGAGAACAGUUGCUUAGCCAUAGAGCCAAUGCCCACCAACAUCUCUGAUGAGACCAGGCAUAAUUCAGACCCACUGGCCAACAGGGCCAUCAGUGACAGCCAGAACCAGUAGAGGUCCAAGCAGGACCCAAAGCAGGGCUUUGCUUACUAUACACAUUAUCUCCAGAGGUUAAUUCUACCCCUACUCCCUACUUGAGGCCUGUUGGACCAGAUUGCAAGAGGGAAAGCACAGUGACACAGUUGACACAUGAUUAUAAUCAUCCCCAGUGCAUCCAUUUCCUUGCCAGGUGGAUCCUGAGCUAGCCCAGGUCACUCCAGGCUAAUCUUAUUGGCAGUUAAACUCAAAAGCACUUUUCUACCUUCUCUUUUCACCCUAUAUCCUACUAGCCAAUGAAAGACAAAGAGGCGAGGCUUCUACCAUUGCCUUGGGUACUGGACACCAUCAGAGCCCUCAAAGGGCCAUCAUGGGGUUCCCGCUCAACUCCAGGGAGACUGACAUUUUCACAUCUGCUGGACAUAUGAUAUUGCAUGAGACCAAAGUCUCCACACUGUUUGCAGCCUCUUCCAUGAAUCCCAAUGGCCUGCACCUGUACAGUUUGGGUGUUUGAUAGAUAAAGCACGUAUGAGAAGAGAAAACAAGAUAAAUUAACUUUUAAAAGAAGCCAGCACUGUGCUGUCAAUAUUCUUUUUUUUCUUUUCAUUUCCAAUUCUAGCUUAAAAAAGCAGAAAGUAAAUAAUGUCAGGUCAAUGAAUAUCAAUAUAUUUUUUGACUGUACAUUACAGUGAUGUGUAAUCUUUUUACACCUGCAAGUUCAUCUUAUUUAUUCUUGUAAAUGUUCCCUGACAAUGUUUGUAAUAUGGCUGUGUUGAAAAUCUAUACAAUAAAGCUGUGACCCUGAGAUUCAUGUUUUCCUAA